AGGGCGCGGAGCGGAGCCGGAGCGCGGAGGGAAGGGGCGAGGGCAGGGGGAGCAGAGGCGGAGCCGGGCAGCAGGCGCCCGCCCGCAAUCCGGGAUCCCAGGGCUCUCUAAGCUCUCGGUUCGGCGACGCACCAGCGCUUGCACGGGAGGUGGCGCGGGCGCCAGGGCUCAGCCGAGCGCGCAGGUGCCGGCCCGGGAGGUGGCGCGGGGCUCCGGGGUGGCCGCGCGCCCCCCGGGGGGCCAUGGCGGCGGGGACUGGGGGGCGCGGGGCGGCGGCGGCGCCGAGGGGCUGAGCGGGCGGCGCCAUGGCGGCGCCGGGGUGCGGGCCCUGAGGGCCGGCGGCGGGCGCGCACCAUGAACUCGUGGGACGCGGGCCUGGCGGGUCUGCUGGUGGGUACGAUGGGCGUCUCGCUGCUGUCCAACGCGCUGGUACUGCUCUGCCUCCUGCACAGCGCCGACAUCCGCCGCCAGGCGCCGGCGCUCUUCACCCUGAACCUCACGUGCGGCAACCUGCUGUGCACCGUGGUCAACAUGCCGCUCACGCUGGCCGGCGUCGUGGCGCAGCGGCAGCCGGCCGGUGACCGCCUGUGCCGCCUGGCCGCCUUCCUCGACACCUUCCUGGCUGCCAACUCUAUGCUCAGCAUGGCCGCGCUCAGCAUCGACCGCUGGGUGGCCGUGGUCUUCCCGCUGAGCUACCGCGCCAAGAUGCGCCUCCGCGACGCCGCGCUCAUGGUGGCCUACACGUGGCUGCACGCGCUCGCCUUCCCCGCCGCCGCGGUCGUCCUGUCCUGGCUGGGCUUCCACCAGCUGUACGCGUCCUGCACGCUGUGCAGCCGGAGGCCAGACGAGCGGUUGCGCUUCGCCGUCUUCACGGGUGCCUUCCAUGCGCUCAGCUUCCUGCUCUCCUUCGUUGUGCUCUGCUGCACAUACUUCAAGGUGCUCAAGGUGGCCCGCUUCCACUGCAGACGCAUCGACGUGAUCACCAUGCAGACGCUCGUGCUGCUCGUGGACAUCCACCCCAGUGUGCGGGAACGCUGUCUAGAGGAGCAGAGGAGGCGGCGGCAACGCGCCACCAAGAAAAUCAGCACCUUCAUAGGCACCUUCCUCGUGUGCUUCGCACCCUACGUGAUCACCAGGCUGGUGGAGCUGUCCUCCGCGGUGCCCAUCAGCUCCCACUGGGGGGUGCUGUCCAAGUGCUUGGCCUACAGCAAGGCCGCAUCUGACCCGUUCGUGUACUCCUUGCUGCGACACCAGUACCGCAAGAGCUGCAAGGAGAUUCUGAACAGGGUCCUCCACAGGCGUUCCCUCCGCUCCUCCGGCCUCACCGGGGACUCCCACAGCCAGAACAUUCUUCCGGCCUCUGAGUGAAGGACGCUGCUGCUGCUGCUGGAGAGCUUGGAAUGAGACGGCUGGUGAGAAGAGGGGGCGGGAGGGCUUGGGGCGCCUGGGCGGACUCCACCGGCCGCCACCAUCCGGGGAGCCCAGGGAUUCCGGUUCCCUGGCUUCGGGGGAGGGGCUCCGAAGCCUGCUUCCUGCUUCCUCGAGGGCAGAUGUUGAACUGUCCCUGUUUAUCACCAAAGGAUGACCAAGGAACAUGCUGUGCGCUGGCUUUUCUCUUGGAGAAGCUCCUUUGAGCUCUUAGAGUCACCAGAGACUCCCCAGGAGUCACACCCCGUCCGGUCAUGAUCAAGGACACACAGUGCUGGUGGCAGGUGGGGAAGCAUGGCGUCCACCUGCUCACUAAGCCCUGGACGCUGGGCUCCAUGCUGAAGAAAAGUGGUGACCCCCGUGGGGCAUCAGCCACGCUGAGAGUGAGGCUGGCAGUGGCCCUUUAGCCCCACAUCUGGCAUGGCCACCCUUCUCCACAUGUCGUGGUGGCUGCCUUAACCCAAAUAUCGUUCAGCUGGAACUCACUGACUUGUGCUCGGCUGGGACCCUUGGGCCCCCACGUCCAAGGGGAAAAUGUUUGCCGACUAGUAUUGCCCAACUCUUGCUGACAAGUUGUCUUAGAAAUGGCUAUAUUGGAUUCAACUUUUAUCCCUCUCUUCCCUCCCCCUCCGCCCCAAAGCUAACAUUUGUGUGUGUAGACAAUCUUAGCAUGAAACUGGUUUAAAUAAGCAGUUAUUACUACAUGUAAUAAUGUUCUUUGAAGUCUGACCCGAAGUCACCUUCUUCUGAUUCACAUGUCAUAACUGUUGGAGCAAAGGAGAGGCAGGAGGACAGUGUCUGGCAGGUCCCCCACGCCGGUUUGUGACCUGAAUUUGCAGGAAGCGUUUCACCUUGUCUCACACAUCUUGUCCAGCGCGUUCUCUUAGGUGAUUGGACAAGAACUGACCUGAGCAGGGUUUUAGUCUUGAUUUUAAGGCACUGGGUUCCAUUAUCCUAAAGGUUCAAUAUCCUAGUUUCUGUAAGUCAUCAACACACAGUAGAGGCUUCCCAAGGUGAUCCAGAAAGUGCCCUGUGCCCAUGAUGGGAGAGUGAAAUUUUUAUUGAAAACCGUAACUCUAAAACAUAUGCCAAUUCAUGAGCAGCCCCCGUCUUGAUUUAAGAAAAACCAAGGUGAGUGGACCUUGAAUUAAAUGAAAUGCUUUCUGCCCAUCCAUCUUUUUAUUUUUAUUUUUUUUACCAUUUCAAAUAUUGUGUGAAUGCUAAGAGCAGUUCUUUCUCUAUCCUCCACUCUGUGUGAUUCCUCCAGGGUGGAAAGGAUGGGAGCACAAGGGCUCAUUCUCUCCUUCCUGCUCUGCAAAGCCUAACUUUGGAAACAUAGAAGGGAGGACCCGUUUCAAUAGGGACCAACCAGGAAGAACCUGAAGCUUUUCACUGCCAGGUGGCCCCAGUGUUGAAAAACGAAGUGUGUGCAUGUUUGAAAAGAUGGCGUCUUAUUAACUUUAGCUCCUCAUUUAGAAAACGAAUCACUGAGCCUGGCCUACUCUUGUCUAGUUUCUAAGUUUGCAUGGAGACAGACAUAGCCUUUGAAGCCUUGCCACCUUCCCGUUGCAGCUGGAGGUGUGCUCACACCUGCUUGGAGGAGCCGAUGGCACACACACCCCUUCCCAAUUCUGUGUUCUGGGACAUAAGCUUGGUAGCUUGAAGUCAGCUGUGAUGGGCAUAUUUAUACCAAGAAAGUCAGUAAAGGCUACAAAUUGGGCCUUUUUCUCCACUGAGAGCUCAUUGCUAAACAGCUCCCAGCACAUCACUGCCCAGACAGGACUUUGUGUGUUACUGAAACAGAACUGCUCGGAUUCAGAGCACAUCUGGCCACUCAAGUUUGAAGCACAACAGACUUUCUUUAAUGUGGCUCUUUCCUAGCGUCAGGCAGCUGUUCACCCUUCAUUGUCCCAACAUCAAAAGAACCAAUGAGGUCGAGGACAAGCACAGAGCCAGGAAAGUAAGCACAAUUGAGUCUGACCAUCUCCCUUUCACGCAAACACUCCUUGGGCAACAGAGGCGUAGCGGCCCAGUGGAUGAGGUCAAUUGACAGUCAAGUUCAAACAAACAAAUACAUUUUCAUCCAUGUCAGGUUGGAGGAAUAACUGUCAUCUCUUCUUGCUCCCUCUGUGGAGGCAACAAGUUAUACUCCCAGAAGCAACUCUAUCCCUUUCACCUCUUCUUUAGUGAAAAAAUAAGAUCUGUCACCUACAGUGCCACAUGUCUUGCAAAGAUGCAUUUCAUAAAUUACACUGAACCUUAGGUCUGCCAAAAAAACAAUAAAACCAGUUGUAUUGGCAUCAUGGUGACAACACCCCAGAUAUGCCAGUCGGCUGGGUAUUUCCAUUAUUAUUUGAACACAGGCAUCAAAACCCUAGGAGAAGUGAGAAGAAAAUCGUUGCAUUGGCCAUCAGCGUCAACCAACUCUGCUAGAAUUACCCUUAGCUAAAUGUUUAUAUACAGUCCAUAAAAUUCUCCCCAGCUCCUUUAUUCCCAAGAGAAUUAUCUACCUCAUUUGGUAAUUUAUCAAACGUAACAUGGUAAUGUGGAUUUCUCAGGUAGAACACUUAGAAAUGUCCAGAUCAGCGUCUAUGUCAAGGGCCUGGGAUAACUUCCUUGACGUCAGUCUAGAAUAAGGCUUGAUGUUGAAGGCCCGAACUUGGGUAGACAGCUGGGCUCGGUGUGAGAGCAAUUGAAGAAGAUGGAAAAUAAAGCCUCAAUGGAGAGGCUCUCAAAUUCCUAAACCCACAUCCGGGGCUCAGUUUCUAGCCCUACGUGAUCUGAACUUGUAGGUUUCAACCCCAUCUGUGUUGGCUUUUGCAGUCCCUCUGCAACUCUAGCUUUUCUUUAUGCUGCUUCUUAGAGGGGAUUUCAGGGCCCUGGGAGCCACUGAGGGAAAAGUGUUGUAGCAUUUGGGGUUUGUGUGUCUCAUGGUCCGCUGACCUCCCAAAGAUGCUUCCCUAAGAGCCUGCCUAUUUCUACCAUGAAGUUGGCUGGUGGGGGACGGGAAGUUGCCUUGACUCAUCUCACACCAACUGUACAUUCCUUCUAGGACUCAGCUCGGACUUCUGCCACCGUGAGCAAUAAACCUCUCUCCUCAUGUUUGUGAAGCUAGUUUUCUUUUUCAGGAUGCCCUUCUUUCUGAGAGAAGAUGGAAAGAACAGGCCGAGUCCAGAUCCUGGUUGCUGUCCUUUUACAUACUUUGGUGCAGGUAGAUGGUGCCUUUGCAGGGCUGCAGUGUGACCCUUGGGGGGACCGCAGGCUGUGCGUGUUUAGAAUUUACCCAAAUUCAGCAUCGACUAAUUUGCCUAUGAUUUCAACGAGGUUAUUUUAUCAGGUGCCAGAAAUUCCUCACAUCUGCUCGUAUCCUCUGGAGCACUUGCACCACAGGUGAGAGAGAAGUCCUGGAUAUAUCUGAGGCUCCCACUACCUUUCUGGAAGGUCAACAGCGUCUGCAAUGAAGCCACUGGCUCCUGAACUUUACUAUCCACAAGAAUCACCAAGAGACGUUGUUUAAAACUCAGAUUCCUGAGCCCCUUCCCUGGAGAUCCGUCUAAGGAGGUCUGGCAAGGCCUAGGAUUCUGCAUUUUCAGACAUCAGGGCCCAGGUGACUGUGGCAGGUGGACUUCAAAGUGUCCUGCCUGAGGAAAAAUGAUCUUAAACACCUGGAUAAGCUCUAUGGAAAACUGGCUCUUUCUAAAUAUCUAGGUUUCAGUCGUCUUCUAUGGUUCCCUAACAUGCCAAACAGUUCGGUCUCCAGCUUAAUCAAGGGCUGAGUCAUUUUGUCCCCAGAGGGACAAAACUGAUCAUGCCAUGAAAUUUUUAAAACCUGUUUUCACGAGACUCUGGUGGAAGGGGAGAAGCUGCCCACUCUACCUCUGAAGGCCUUUGCAAAACAGCCUCCUUCCUCUCUGUGGGGCUCUGGCUGGUAAGCACGAGAUGUGUUGGGUGUUGGCAGGGUGGCAGCACUCACUGGCUCAGACACUGUGUUAGAGAAAAGGGAGCCUGGCGCUCAGAGGGCCCCGGAGGGAUGCUUGCUUGCGGAAGCUUGUGGAAGAGUGGUUGCACGUGUUAAAUAGAACCUAGAGUUCACGUUUUGAAGAGUCUGAAAUCUGUAUUUGGAGACAGGAAUCCCACUGGGAAUUUUGAGAGUCAGAUUAGAGUCAUCAAAGCCCCGGCAAUACCCCAGACUACUCAUAGGAAAUGUGUUUGGGGAGCAUCAGACGCCAUCGCAAUGGCACACAACUGAUUGGUUGACCUGAGCCGGUCAAUUUCCCAAUGACCAGAUCAGAGAGACAGCUCCUGCCUGGCAAAAAUACCAGACACCCAGCCCCCAAGGGCUCUGUCCACCGUGGCCCGGCGUUCAAGCCAUUUAAUACCAAAUCUCUGCUUGAAUUAUUAGUUACCAAACCCCAUGGUGUAUUUGAAUGCCAAGUCCCCUCGUAAGUUGAAAUCAUUCCAAACCUCAACAAUCCUGUUUUAUAGCAAGUUUGUAAACAUAAUCUCUUCUGGAACAUUUGAGGGACAUUUAAGGAGUACGGUGUCUCACCAACCCCAUCAGGAUUUCCCCAGGGGGAACCUUGAAAGUCCAAUGACAAAUAAAAGAGGUGUCUUGCCUUACCCUCCUUACCACAUGGGACAUUUUUAUAAACACAGGGACAGGCUAGUCUUUAUAUUCUUAGGCUAUAGCUCGGGAGAAGGAGUUCAAACCUUUGCCAUUUGGAUGUGCACGUCCAUUGUAGUGAGGCAGCUCCUCGGAAGACAUAAAUCUGUCCCUCUGCUAUGGUGUUGUGUUGAGCGGAUGCCAGCAGACAAUUUCAGCCACCCUUAUCCAUCCUCCCUAAUGGAGCACGGCCAUCUCCCACACAGAGCUUCAUCCGGCCCUGUGUCCAAUGGGAGAACCACCACCUCCCUGAGGUGAGACCGGUUAGAUGCUACCCUUUGAACGCCAGAAGCUCCAAGUAAUGAGUGCACCCAAGUUUAAUUCUUUGCAUUCCUUCACUUUUCACAGAUUUCAUUAUUUGGGGGGUUUGUGCAAAGUGGGCUGCGGGGACUUACUUACACUGUCCAUAGCUUGGACAUCCAGAGAAUAGAAGGGAGUCUGCACUAAGGAACCCUAAGGCAUGUGCCAGCUAGUUCAGCAUUCCACGUGGAAAUGUACUUUAUAUUUGGAUACUUCAAAAAUACUUUUGGAAGCCGAGAUUUAGAAAAACUAAAGAUAUUUCAUUCCCGGGGGACAGAGGGAUCUGCAAAUGCCUGGCUCCUGUACAAUGUUCUGUUCCUAAAGUCAGACCUAUAGGAAAAUGGGUGGGACAUCUGUGACUUUGUGUUGGAGCAAAUGCACCUGUCACUGUGGCCCCUAUGACUCUGCUUCCCUCUGUGUGUCCUUAUGGGCGAAUGUUCACCAACAGCUGCGUACUAAGCAUAAAACAGAUGAAGCAAAAUGUUACCAUCCUCUAGUGUUUGUUUACAUGGUAGUUUUUACUUUAUUUUCUCCUAACUUAUUAAACAGAAGUACAGCUCUAUUAAAACACACACACACACACACACACACACACACACACACACACACAUUACCAGAAGCCCUCCCCAUGUGGCACUGUUACCUUUCGUGUGAUACACUUGCCUACAGCUGUUUACUAUUGCAAUGGGACUCAGGACUGAUGAAUCCAAGGCCAAUGUCGCCUGCUCUGUUUACAAUGGCUUGUGUUUAGUGACUACAUAACAAAUGUUGUAAUAAAUUUUUAUGAGAGAAUUAUAAAAUUCCUGUUAUAAAAUCUCAUCCACACUUUGUUGACCUGGUGUGAAAAAAUUUUUAUUAGGCACAAGUUAAUUGUCGGAAAUGGUGGUUUUAUAAUUUCAUGGUGGGACGUAAGUUUACAUUUCUUUUUCUCUUUCUAUAUAUCUUCCUAUUUUGUACCUCCUUUUCUCUCCUGCUCCCACUGCCCCAGACACUCCUGACUGUCACACAGCCUCCUAGGGUUAGGUGUUCAUCUUUUGGGACCAUUUCUUUACUACCCAGGCCCCCCAGCAGUCACCCCUCCCAUACACACCUGACCAGGGAUUGACUGGCAUGGCUCCCACCCUCCUAAAUACCAGGCAACCUUUGCCACUUUUGACCCAGUUCCUUAGGCUUUGCUAGAUGACUAAUUGCUGCUCAAAUCCCAGAGAGAGAGCAGGAAGGGCCUCAGAAGGGAAGAAAUCCUAUAUUCGUUGACUGCUGCAGUGUGUUGGGCCCUGUGCUAGGGACCUGCCACACACUGCAUGUGCCUCUCCCCCCAGAAUUCAUAUGUUGAGACCUAAUCCUCAGUCUGAUGGUGUUAGGAGGUCAUGAGGGUGGAGCCCUCAUGAAUGGGAUUAGUGCCUUUAUGAAAGAGGCCCUGGGAGCUCCCUUGUCCCUCAGGCACUGAGGGACACAGCAAGAAGACAGCAUCUAUGAACCAGAGAAGCAGACUCUCACUAGACACUGAAUCUGCAGGUGCCUUGAUCUUGGACUUCCCAGCCUCCAGAACUAUGAGAAAUAAAGUUCUGUCAUUUGUAAGCCAUCCAGUCUAUGGUAUUUUUGUUAUAGCAGCCCGAAUGGACUCAGCCACAGUUCCUCAUUGAAGAGUUCCAGAGGUGGCACUCUCAUUUAGCAGCUGCAGAGACUGAGCUCAGAGAGGUUAAAUAUCCAGCCCCGGAUCACACAGCUAGUAAGUGGGGCAUGGAGGUUCGAACCAGGUGGCUGACGUUAAACUCUUGUUUUCACUAAAUCCAUGAAGAUGUCUCCAAAACGUAGGGAUGAUUCAGCAAAACCUCUGUUUUUACAAUUGGGGAAACUGAGGCAUGGAGGAAGAAAUUACUUCCCAACAUCAGACAUUAGACCUCAAGUGUCCUAUGAUCUUAGGCAAGCAGCACAGAAACUCACAUUUAGAAACUCUCAAAGUUCCAACAUUACCUUUGUCCUGGGGUCCACUGUGCCCCAGCUGCUUCUUCUUUAGAAUGGAACCUCCUAUCUAACCAAAGAAUUAACUUGUAAAAUUAAUAUCUUCAUUCAAGCAAUGUCUAAGAGCCAGAGCCCAUGUGAUGAAAUACCAGCUUUGCACUAAUUUACUGUGUGACCUAGAACAGAUGACUUAACCUCUCUGUGCCUCUGUUUCUUCAUACGUAAACUAGUGAUAACAGUAAUACCUGCCUUGCAGUCCUGUGGAGUCAUCGUGUUCUAAGUGCUUAGAAUGGUACCUGACACAGGAUUAACAGUUCAGUCAACAUUGGAGGCUAAUAUUGGACUUAUCUUCCCAGAUAGCAUCCUGUCCCUGUGAAAGGGGAUCUUGGACUCACCUGGGAGGAAUUCCUAGGAAAGGCAGGCGUGAGGGAGACAUCAUGGGUGAGGGGGCUAGGCCAGGGCCCCUUUAUCUUACCCCACGCCCCCCGUGCCCACAACACUGCAGCUUUAUCCAUUUCUGAGCAGAUUUGCACGGCAGUCUCAAGCUGGACACUCAGUCCAGGGAUUGUAGCAGGAAGACCCAGACAUGAUGCAGCAGGUGUUGUGUGGCGCUUGGCCUCCCCAACACCCCCUCAGGACCCACAGUCCCUGUCCCCACCUCACUGGGCCUACUGAGGCCUCGAGAAUGACCAUGAUGCAGGACGCAUCACUGCCCUGCGUGUGCCUGGGGUGGGC